AUGUCUUAUGCCGUCAGGGGAACAACCUCCACCGCCCCUGCAGGGUCCUCCGGCGAGGCUGCCGCGACCACUGCCACCGUCCGAGACUACGUCUGCCUCUUCACGCACGACCUGAAGCGCAAGCAGAAGCGAUGGCAGGACGGCAAGCUCAAGUACCACACCUUCAACAAGCGCAUCAUGGUGUACGACGAUCGGGGCAACUUCAUUGGCGACGGCCACUGGCCGGCGGGGGGGGACCUUGAGGAAGGGGAGGAGCUCCAGCUCGAUCGCGGGGCCGCCAUGGUCCAGGUGGCCGACUGCGUGGGGUCCAGGGAGCAGGAUCUCACCGAGCUGCUGGACAGGCGCGCGCGGGAAGUAGAGAAGCGGAGGGCCGUGGCGGCGGCCAAGACGCCGACACCAGGCAGAGCUGGGCAUCGGCAGCAGCAGCAGCAGCAGCCUCGGCCGCAGGACCGGCAGAGGAGCACCCACUUUCAACUGAAUCAUCGGCCGCUGAGCCGCAUCGUCCGCAGCCCCGGGCCGAUCGGUCGGGCCGCUGUUCCGGCUCGCUCGCCGUACGAGGCUCGGAACGGAAACCCCGCGGCGGACGCUCGGCCAGCACCGCCGCCGGCCAAGAAGAGGAGAACCAGUCCUUCGCCGCCGAGCAAGACGGGCUUUGCGCAAAGCCUGUUUGGCGCACGGCUGAACCUGUCCACGUGCCCCGUUGCGGUGUCGACGUUGAGAUCGAGGCUUUUGAAGGAGAAGACGCAUGUGCAGGAGGCAGCGGAUGCAGCGGCGGGGCUCGCCGCCGAGGAGGAUGAUGUCGUCGCUCUCGACGAAGGACCAAAGGCAAAGCAGCCACCAACGCAAAGGCUAACCCGUGGAGCAGUCGACACGUCAUUUGCAAAGGGCCGAACGGACGCCGAACAGCGGGCAGUAAGCGGCGAGCGAGACGGAUUGCACUUGGGAAAGCUUGGCAAGCAGUCGUUUCGCAUCCAACGACAAGAACCACCGUCAGAACAGCGAGACGACCCGGCCAGUGACUACAAACAUGGAACGCUGCAACCCGCGGUUGUGGUCGUAGACGAUGGGGAGGAACAGCCCGACUCAACGGGUACAAGGGAAGAAGCGCUAGUGGGAGCGUCUCGUGAGCAGCCAGUGGUCAAGGCCGACACCCGUACCUGUAGAGCCGCAAAUACGCCCAGCAGCAGCUCCUGGGAAAACGUCGAAGCCGCCCUCGCAUCUAGCGUCGCCACCACCAGCGCUACGAGAACCGCGAACCGAAUUGAGAAUCAGGCCCAGGAAAAGGCGAGGUCUUCUGCUGGUAUCGGAGCAGAGGCAAGAGCAGCAAAGCGGGAAAUCGCCGUCACCCUUACCAGGGCUCGGCGCUCGGACGAUCGCUGCCAAGUGUCAAACUUUGUCUGCACCAGAGCCUCCUCGGAGAUUUUUUGA